UCUGUCGUCACCAAGUGCUCAUCCCGAUAAUCUCUCUUCCCUGCACACAUAACCAUCUACGAUGUCUUACAUAAACCCUCUUCAUCCUCCCGUCCCCAGCAACGUCCGCUCAUCAUACACUGCCCUUGCUGGUGCCUGCUCCACAAACCAGCCUCCCUUCGCUCAGGCUUUACCGCCGUCCCACCGUCGCCUGCCUCAGGCGCCAUUGUCGAAGAUGUCAACAUCGCGUCGCUCUCCUCCUUGUCCUGCCGUUACAUUUGAUCUUCAUGGGGCGCCUUCACGGGGUCUUGGCGUGCCGAUGGGUGAGCUUCUGACUCGUUCAGAAGGUGCAUUGGAGCGUAUGCUCGUUGGUGUGAGCGAUGGUGUUGGUGCUCAAAUGAGCGGAUCUCUUGGUUUUCGCAGAGUCAAUCUCAAGAUCCUGUGGCCGGGGUAUGAGCAUCUUGAUCGGAGUUACCCCCUUGAUAUAUAUACUCCAGCUGGUCCGCUCACUCGAGGGCAACUUGCCGUCCAAGUUGCACGCGCAUUCGCGCGCUUCAUAGAGGAGCUGCAGGGUCACCCCCCUGCUCAGCAUGGCGCCAGUUGGCGCUUCGGAAAUGGCGGAAUUAGCUUUAAUCGCCUCAUUCUUUCGGCACUUUGGAACGCCUGUGAUGACGUAUGGCUGGCCGAGGUCAUUGUCGAUUUUCGUUAAGCGAAGUCGUGGACUUGACUCAUUGGACAUCGCCACAUUCGCCUUCUUCGCAUACACAUCUAACACGAAUCAUACACAUGUAGCCCUAGAUAUUAUUCCGUCUCUUUUACUUUUACUUUUUCAUCGAUCAUCGCCUCACGAUACCCCACACUCCUCUCACAAUCCACCUCUACUUAUAUUUACCUCCUCCGGAUCCGAUAGACAUAGUUCAACCCGAGGGGGCCUAGGCCCUGCACUAACCAUAUAGACUAGAAUAACCAUAUCGAUUACUUUGUACCCUCACUCGUGCUGCCAGCGUUGCAAACGUGCCACAUGUACACGAGCGCCCAUCCCCUUCCGUAAAAUGUUAUCCGGGAUUGGGCUUCCAUUCCUUUGCAGUGCUCUAAACCCAUAUAAUCGCAGAAGGCAGUA